AUGGAUACACCAUUAACAUUCUCAACAAGAAACGUCAACCAAGAGGUUGAGAUGCACAACGAUCCUUUGGUGAUCACCCUUCCAAUUCACGGAUGGAACGUUACGAAGGUUCUUAUUGAUAGGGGAAGCUCGUUAAAUGUGUUGUUCUAUGGAUCGUACCUACGUAUGGGGUUAACAGCCGAGCAAAUGGAUUCAUCCACUUGCACAAUCUAUGGUUUCAAUGGAGCAGUUUCAAUACCAAGAGGAGAAAUUGUUUUACAGGUACAAGCAGGACCUUUGGUAACAAACACUAGAUUCUGUGUUGUGGAUGCACCUUCGCCAUACAACGUCAUUAUGGGACGGCUAUGGGUCCAUCGCUUACGAGGAACAGCUUUAACUUAUCAUCAUUAUCUCUGUUUCCCCACACCCAUGAGAGAAAUGGAAAUCAAAGGGGAUCAACAAGAUGCAAGGCUAUACAACUUGGCGGAGGUCAUAUUUAACGAAGAAAAAUUCGUUGCACGACAACACGAAAGGAAAAGACGAAAGAAAAUAUUAAGGAAGUGA